AUGAACAUCGGAAAUGUAUUCAAUUUCCAUUUGCUGAAACCACAGAAAUUAUUCCAUAAGAAAUCUUCAGAUGAGAUAAGUGUCAUAAAGGAUAAUGGGUCCGAGUUUGAAAUGCAGGUACAGGGUUCCUCUGCCUAUCCGGGGGACAGUAGAACUGCGACCGGGUAUGCUGCAAACAUCGAAAAUACGACUUCUGGUGAUAAGCAGGUAACCGGACCACAUGAGUCAACUAGAGAGUUUGCAGAAGCCGAAGGAGAUCCGUUGUUACUUGAUGAUCAUAGCAAGUUCCCUGAUGGCGGAUUAAAAGCAUGGUUGGUGGUAUUUGGGUCCUUCAUUGGUUUAAUUCCUGUGUUUGGGUUGGUCAAUUCUAUUGGUGCUAUCGAAUCUUAUAUUUCCAUUAACCAAUUGGCCGGGGUAUCAUCACCGGUCAUUUCUUGGAUCUUUUCUCUCUAUCUCUGUACCACUUUCACAAGCUGUAUCCUUGCUGGUGGGUACUUUGAUAGAAACGGAAGUAGGGACCCUAUGAUUUUUGGUAUGAUCAUGUUCACUGGUGGAUUGAUUGCUACUGCUAAUUGUACUACCGUUUGGCAAUUCAUCCUUGCCUUUUCUGUUGUCGUAGGGUUUGCUAGUGGGAUCUUGAUGAUUCCUUUAGUCAGUGUUGUUGCCACAUUUUUCAUCAAGAAGAGAGCCAUUGCUACUAGUAUUGCUACUACUGGUGGAUCUAUCGGAGGUAUUGUGUUCCCGAUUCUUUUGAGGAAAUUGUAUACAAAAGUUGGGUUCCAAUGGGCUUUACGAAUCUUGGCAUUGAUAUGUGCUGUGUGCCUUAUUUUUGCCACGGUGAUGGUUAAAGAAAGGGAAAAGCCUGAAACUGAACCUUUCAAGAAUAAGAAGGAGAUGAUAAAAUGGUACUAUGAUUCAUCUUUAAAUUGGAGAUACUUCUUGGAACCAAAAUAUUUGUUUGCAACGCUAGGUGCCUCAUUGGCCGAGAGUUCGUUAACAGCAAGUUCUACAUUCAUUGCAUCCUAUGCUCUGGUACAGGGUAAUACUCAAACCGUUUCCUACACAUUGAUCACCACUACAAAUGCUGUCGGGGUGCUCGGAAGAUAUAUACCUGGAUACAUUGCUGAUAGAUAUUUGGGUAGAUUUAACGUCAUGAUUAUCACCGUCUUCAUGGCUGCAGUAUUCAACUUCACCAUGUGGUUACCGUUCGGAAGCUCCACACCUGUGCUAUGGGCGUAUUCAAUGCUAUAUGGUUUCUCCACAGGAUCGAUUCUAUCGUUAACUCCUGUGUGUAUUGGUCAGAUCUCAAAGACAACCGAUUUCGGUAAAAGAUACAGUACUGCAUAUUUCCAGCAAGCACUCAUAACUCUUCCUGUUAUGCCAAUCUGCGGUGCUCUUAUCGGCGAUAGAUCAAUAGAAGGGUUCAACCAUUUCAUCAUUUUUGUUUCUGUAUUGAUGUUGUGCGGAAGUAUAUGUUAUGUGAUUUCCAGGUACCUCUCUGUAGGAGCCAAGUUUGUAAAAUUUUAG